GCCGGAAGCCCCGGGGCGUGUGUGUAUGUUUCUGUGAGUGGGGCUGCGGCGGGUGCUCCUCUGGCAGGGCGCCCCUGGAGAAGAGCGGAGGCGGGGUGGCGCCUGCCGGGGGAGCGGAGCGCGCGGCCGGGAAGCCUCCUCCUCCGCCUCCUCCUCCGGGGCCUUCCCUCUCGGUCGGGCGAGCGGAAGCCAGUGGGAAAAUUGGCUUGUUCCAUUAUGUGUGCGUCAGUCAAAUAUAACACCCGGGGUCCAGCCCUCAUCCCAAGAAUGAAGACCAAACACCGCAUCUACUAUAUCGCUCUCUUCUCUGUUGUGCUGCUGGGACUUAUUGCCACAGGCAUGUUUCAGUUUUGGCCCCACUCCAUAGAGUCUUCAAAUGACUGGACAGUUGAGAAACGGAGCAUUCAUGAUGUACCUGUAGUCAAGAUUCCUGCAGACAGUGCCAUCCCAGAGCGUGGAGACCGCAGCUGCAGGAUGCAUACAUGUUUUGAUGUUUACCGCUGUGGAUUCAAUCCCAAAAAUAAGAUCAAAGUCUAUAUUUACUCUCUAAAGAAAUAUGUGGAUGAAUAUGGCAUGCCAGUCAGCCAUACCAUUUCCAGGGAAUACAAUGAACUGUUGACUGCUAUCUCUGACAGUGAUUUCUACACAGAUGAUGUCAACCGUGCCUGCCUUUUUGUGCCAUCUAUUGAUAUGCUGAACCAGAACACUCUCCGUAUCAAGGAAACAUCUCAGGCUUUGGCACAGCUCUCCCGCUGGGAUCGAGGGACAAAUCACCUCUUGUUCAACAUGUUGCCUGGAGGAGCACCUGACUACAACACAGCACUAGAUGUUCCAAGGGACAGAGCUCUAUUGGCAGGAGGUGGUUUUUCUACAUGGACCUACCGGCAAGGAUAUGAUGUCAGUAUUCCUGUCUACAGUCCACUGUCUGCUGAGGUGCAGUUGCCAAGUAAAGGACUGGGUCCUCGCAGGUACUUCCUUCUGUCCUCUCAAAUGACUCUUCACCCUGAAUACCGUUCUGAAUUGGAAACUCUUCAAGCAGAAAAUGCAGAGUCUGUGCUGAUCUUGGACAAGUGUACCAAUCUCUCAGAGGGAAUACCAUUUAUUCGUAAACGUUGCCACAAGAAUCAGAUCUUUGAUUAUCCUCAGGUGCUUCAGGAAGCCACAUUCUGCAUUGUUCUGCGAGGAGCCCGCUUGGGACAAGCUGUAUUGAGUGAUGUACUUCAAGCUGGUUGCAUUCCUGUUGUCAUUGCUGAUUCUUACAUCCUGCCUUUCUCUGAAGUUCUGGACUGGAAGAGAGCUUCUGUAGUGAUACCUGAAGAAAAGAUGUCUGAGAUGUACAGCAUUCUUCAAAGCAUACCCCAACGACAAAUUGAGGAGAUGCAAAGACAGGCACGAUGGUUCUGGGAAGCUUAUUUUCAGUCAAUGAAAACGAUUGCUUUGGCCACCCUCAAAAUUAUCAAUGACAGGAUUUACCCAUAUGCUGCCACAUCAUAUGAAGAAUGGAAUGAUCCCCCAGUAAUUAAAUGGAGCAGUGUAAGCAAUCCACUCUUUCUCCCAUUGAUCCCACCUCAGUCACAAGGCUUCACUGCUAUUGUAUUGACCUAUGAUCGGGUGGAGAGUCUCUUUCGGGUCAUCACCGAGGUCUCAAAAGUGCCAAGCCUCUCCAAGUUGUUAGUAGUUUGGAACAAUCAGAAUAAAGUCCCACCAGAAGAAACUGUUUGGCCCAAAGUUCGUGUUCCAUUAAAAGUCGUGCGAACCACAGAAAACAAACUGAGUAACCGCUUCUUCCCCUAUGAUGAGAUUGAAACAGAAGCAGUGUUGGCAAUUGAUGAUGAUAUAAUCAUGCUGACCUCAGAUGAGCUGCAGUUUGGUUAUGAGGUGUGGAGAGAGUUUCCUGACAGAUUAGUUGGAUAUCCUGGUCGCCUGCACUUGUGGGACCAUGAAACAAAUAAAUGGAAGUAUGAGUCAGAAUGGACCAAUGAAGUUUCAAUGGUACUGACAGGGGCAGCAUUUUACCACAAGUAUUUUAACUACCUGUACACAUACAAAAUGCCAGGGGAUAUCAAGAACUGGGUGGAUGCUCAUAUGAAUUGUGAAGACAUUGCUAUGAAUUUUCUAGUUGCCAAUGUUACUGGGAAAGCAGUCAUAAAGGUGACCCCCAGAAAAAAAUUCAAAUGUCCAGAAUGCACAGCCAUAGAUGGGCUAUCGCUAGACCAGACACACAUGGUGGAAAGGUCUGAAUGCAUUAACAAGUUUGCCUCUGUCUUUGGGACUAUGCCUCUGAAAGUGGUGGAGCACCGAGCAGAUCCAGUCUUGUACAAAGAUGACUUCCCUGAAAAACUGAAGAGCUUUCCUAACAUAGGAAGCUUGUAAAGAAUAACUGUUAUCAAAAUUGGGCAUUGGGCUCCAAUAUAUAAACAGGAUUGAUGCUAAGAAAAGCGUCAAAUUUUAGAGACAUGUGCCGGGGAAUGUUACAGAGAGAAGUUACAGAGAUAAAUGUUCCACUCCUGGUAUGACUCAAAUCUCUUCUGCACAGCACAAGCCUCUUCAAAACAAGGCAAAGUAGCAGUCUCUGUACAGUAUCAAAACAAACACUGCUGCCUUUUCUACUUGCGUCUACUGAAAUGUCAGACAGCUAUUUGUUUCAUAGAAAUUAUAUGCAGACAUAGAAAGGCACACACAAUACACAACCCUUCCUUAUAUACAACAGAAAGAAUUUCUUUUCUAAAGUUGCUUGUUAUCUCUUAAAUCUUUUAAAUUUUAAAUCCAGGUUGAGGAUACAUUGCUAACUUCUUUCCAGGCUGUUCCCUGUUCUGCCCAGAAGUCAUCUGCCUUAUCUGUGCACAGUUGACUUACCUGCAGCUUUUGAGGUUCAGGAUUAGCAUUAACUUGACUGCAGACUUGCCAGCCUUUUGGUUCAGAGAAGUUAGAAAAGAAAAGUGUUGUGACAUUUAUUAGAUUCAUGUUCUCAUUACCAAAAAUAAUGGGGGGGGGUGCGGGGGGAAGGAUACCAUUUGGGAUCAUAUAAAGUAACAGCCCAAUAUUUCCUUUAUUGAAUAAACUUGCUCAUAUCUUCUUUUCUUUCACCAUCAUAGAGGAGAGGACUGUACAGCUGACCACCACUAGACCAACACACGUAUUUAGUAUUGCAGUGGAAUUUUCUGUCUUGGGGUAAUGUCUGAGUUACAUUUCCUUACCAUAGUGAAAUAAUUUUCAGUUCAGAUACAUGUAAUCAGUGCAUAAUACAGCAUUUAAAGUAGUAGUGUUCAGAGUCCUUUUAAAAAAUGACAUGCAGGUUCUGAAAGAUGUUUCUGGGGGAGUUAACGUCACUCACUUGGAUUGGGUAUAUGUGCAAUACAUUGACAGGUAAUAGAAAUAAACUGUUCUAAUCUUUUUAUCUCCUGAAUGUUACCAUGGUUUCCUGUUUAGAAUUCAGUGCAACAAGAUGACUAAAACCCAUUAAGUAAGUGACUGAUAGUAAAGUAAACUUGAAACUUCCAAGAACAUGUGCUGGGGAUAAUGAGAGGGCAGUGCUAUUACAUUUCAAAAUUCACUGUCACAUCUUACCCUUUGAAAAUAGUUUAUCAUGAAUUAAUAGUUAAGGUGAUACAAUACCAUGUGAGAUGGCCUGAGAUAAGAACAUGGAAGCUUCUGAAUUAUCCAAAAACUCUUGGCUUACACCUUUCUUCCUUUGGCCAGCACAGCAGGAGCUAUCUUCCACCAAAACUAUAAAUGAUUUCUCUCCCUUCUAAUUGAAAUAAUAAUAAAAAAAUCCUUCCUCCAUAAACUGAAUUAUAUCUAGGGGAAGGAAAAAAAGUUUUCUCAUUGGACAGAAUUAUGAUAUUUUAACUAAAUUUGAAUUGUAAUUUCAAUUGAAAUGACCGUUUCUGAGACCCAGUCAGCUUUUGUUGUUGGAGGUUACAGAGUCUACAGAGUCCUAUUCAAGUGAUUUGCCCAGAAUUUUUAUGAACAACAUGGGUCAUA